UAUCUGGCGGCAGAUCUGUGAAGACUUGAGGCGAAACUGUCGAUAGAUACCUUGACGGCCGCUUCCGAUGAGAAAGCUGAAAGAGAAGGUGCGGAGAGAGAUGAAUGUGCACACACACGGGCCAUGACACAGGGCAGACAGACCUACGCACAUCUGACGACCGAACAACUUAUUCAGAUCACUUUGUGUCUGUCCAUCAGGAGCCCUUGUCGUCAGAGCAUGACGAUGGCGAGUCGGCGGCUGUGGAUGGAUCCCAGCACGACUACGGUGCCGAGGCUGCUGCCAACGCCGAGAUUGCAAUGGCUGUCCUCAACAACGGCACCGGCGAUGAAUGGUCGGCACACUCAUACGUCACACAUCGUCGGUUGGUGAAGCGGUCUCUCUCUCCUCGUGUGUGCAUCUCAUCUGCAGGAGUGGUGUGGGUGUGGGUGUGGGAAGUGCUAUGAGGCCCGCACACAGGGUGGAGAAGAAAACGAGAGGCUAUGACGACAGGGACCUCGGCUUCCAUCCCAGGUGCGCGUGGGGGGGCUCCCAAACACACAUGCGAUGCGGUGCGUUCUCACCAUCUCUCGUGUGAAUGUGUGUGCGUGUGUUGGUGAAGGUACGACCCCCUCAAGGCCGACUCGCGUCAGUAUCUGCUGCACCCCACUCCUUCUGCUUCUCCUGCCGCUGCUGAUGCUGCUCAGCAGCAGCACAAGGAGCCGAAAGCCAAGAAGAGAAAGACCAAAGCGAAGAAGGAACAGGAUGAUGAACCGAUACAACACGCCGACAAGGGCAACGAAUCGACAGAGGUGAGUAUGGGUCCAUCCAUCCGUCCAUGUGCCGUCGACUCUCGACAAUACUUGGCGUGGUGUGCAUUGCAUUCAUACGUGCAGCAAGAGGCAUUGGCGCCGGCACCACCAGACGCACAAGCAGCAGUGGCAGCAGCGGACACGGCCCACGUCCGUCUGGAGGUGCAUCCCCUCUUCGCCUCCAUGUUCAGAAAGGCCAACCAACCACACACACAGGACGACCAGCAGACAGGUACGCAUACGCACAUCCGCAUAGGCACCUCCUCUCACUGAUGCGUGUGCCCGUUGUGUGUGCAGCAGGUGAUCUGAAGCAGCAGCAGGGAGCACCACGACGGCAGAAGGCCUCCCGAGAGAAGGGCGACACACAGACGCAGCCAUCAGCUGCAGCUGGGUCGGGUGGCGAGCUGCAGUGGGCGGCAUCCGUGUUGGGCGAGGGGGUGCUCGACGAUGCUAAGGGCGAGAAACCCAAGAAAAGCCGGCACAAGAAGCCUCCUUCAGACGGGAAGAACGCUCUCACAGGUGGGCAAGGGCAGCGCCACCACCCAUCCACACGCCCCUUCAUCCAUCCAUCUGUCGGCAUGAUGAAUGAAUUGGUGUGCAGGUCGCUGGGGGUGCGCGGACCCCCCUCCCUGCCCAGUCGGCCCCCUCAACUGUCGGCCCUUCUGGCGGACUGAGAGCUUAGAUGCAGUGGAGGCCCAGUGGAUGGCGCGGCGCCGGGCACUCACGGCCGACUAUAAGUCGAAACACAAACAGGCGCUGAGGAGCCAGAGGAACAGGGGCAAGGCUGGUGGUGGUCGUGGUGGUGGUGGUGUUGAGCCCGACUGACCCGAGUGUGAAAGAG